AAUUCGCUUAGCAACAUAAAAGUAUCCAAUUGAAUAUUUAGUAUUGCUAUAUUCUUAGCUUUAAGUUUAUCUUGUAAUCAUAGUUGAAGAAAAUUGAAGCUUAGAAUUGCUUUUGCAAGUCCGUAUGAGCAUAAAUCAUAACUUAGCUUGUUCUAAAAUCUUCUACUAUUGUGAUUGGAUUCCAAUCUUAUUACUAUUUUUACCUUCAUAUUGUAUGAGUUUAUGUAUGUGUGGAUGUUCUCUAAUCAACCUAUUUUUGUACAGGUUCUAUAAUGUUACGCUAGUUAAGUUCAACGCAGCGGUAUAUUUAUACGUGCUAUUCUAUGAAAUUAAUCAAAGGCGUGUUGUUUUCUAUGAGAGAUAAAAAUCGUGUGUGAAAAAUCACACAGUAUAGCUAUAAUAUAACAAAACAGUAUGAAGUAUUAUAAGUGUAGUUGCAUUGUUGUAUAAAGACAUAUCAAUGGCAAAGUUAGUAAUUACUCUAGAUAUUAGUAGGCUUAAAUAAAAAUGAGCUGAGGAGAAUUAUCAUCUUGACACAUCAUCAAAAUAGCAUGUUUGUAAAUAUAAUACACUUUUAAGGUUAUUCUUUUUUUUGCUCUUCUUUUAAUAAGAAAGGGAUAGCUGGCCCCAGAAAACAACAUUUUCUUUUCCAAAAAAAAAACUUGACUUCCACAUAACGUAACACCACCAUGACAUUAUACAAAAGAAGGUGAUAAAGAUUAAUGAAUGAGAAAAAUGUUUAAAAAAUCCUCAACUUUCUAAAUUGGACUAUUAUAAUCCCCAACUUUUGGAAAGGCCCAAUAGCAUAUAAUCUUUUCUUUGACUUUUUAAAAAAUCCCUAACUUUUCUUUGACUGGAUCAAUUUAAGCAUGACGUUAAUUCCACUAACAGAAUGUUUAAACUCAGUUAAUUUCCGUCGUUAAUGAAAACGAUGUCGUUUUCUCUCAAUUAAAAAAGAACAGAAGUCGAAGUCUUCUUUCCCAAAUCGAUUUGGAGAUUCUCUGAAACACAAACCCUAAAUCGCAAACCACCACCAAAAUUCUCUAAUCCUAGACGAAGUAUAUCGUAUAGAGAGGAGAGAUGGGUAAUAAGAAGAACAAGAAGUCUCGAAAAGAGAAAUUGGGCGGUGCAAGCUCUAUAGACGCGUCGGGGCAUUCUCGUGGCGAGCUUAUCAGAGAAUCAUCUGAAGUAGCUGGGGCCAAAAGUGGAUCGAAAAGAACAAUUGGAGUCAAUGGUGUACGAGGUAAGAAGAAAAAGACCAAAUCAUAUGUAGUCGACAGGGAAAAAGAAGAAGGAAUCAGCGACGACGAAGCCGAUGAAGUUGUUGAUGACGACGAAGCUGGUGAAGUUGUUGGCGGCGACGAAGCUGAUGAAAUCCCAGACAACAAACAAGUCCUCGAUGAUGACGCAGGCGGUCAUGUCAAGGAAGAAACUGCUCGCGAUUUGACUGUCUUCUUCGGAGAAGAAGCGAGGAAUGAUGAUUGUGAGAAUGAUGAAGAUACUGGGGACGAAUGGACAUGGGAGGAUGAAAACGUUCCAGAUCCUUUAUCAUCAGAUGAUGAAAAUGAAGAACAAUCAAUUCCUAGUUUAGCCUACAGAGAAGAUGUGGAUCCAGAGGCAUUGCUUGGACUGGGAAACACUUUCUCCGCUGCUGAAGAAUUCAAACACACCCUUCUCAGAUAUACAUUAAAAACCCGGCGUAACAUCAAGCUUUAUCGGUCCACUUCUUUGAAGUUAGGUGUGAAAUGUGCUGAUGAAGAUAGCUCGUGUCCCUGGAGGGUGUAUAAUUCUUAUGAGAAGAGCAAACAAAAGCUGAUGAUCAAAGUUUAUAUGAGUGAGCACGAGUGUGAGAUAACAGGACACUCAAAUUUUUUGAAGUGUUCUACUAUAGCAAUGUUGUUCGCUGAGAGGCUGAGAUUGAAUCCGAAAAUCACCAAGCAUGAGAUUGCUUCUGAGAUCCAGAGAGAGUAUAGGAUGUUUGUGAGUGUGGAAGCUUGUGGGAAUGCGAAGACAAAGGUUAUGAAACAAAGAAAAGCAAGCUAAAAAGAAAAUUUCAACAAGAUAUGGGAUUAUCAAGCAGAGAUUUUUUGAACUAACUCUGACACUACAAUAGAAAUUGAAACUAUCCAUGGGCCGACAGUAGGAAGUAAAUAACGGUUUUUCCGGCUCUAUGUUUGCUUUCAUGCUCAGAAGGAGACUUGGAAGACUACUUAUAGACCAAUAAUAGGUUUAGAUGGAGCAUUUCUUAAGUGAGACAUUAAUGGUCAUCUCUUGGCUGCUGAGGACAUGAUGGAGACAAUUGAAUUUUUCAUAUUGCAUGGGCAGUAGUAGAAGUGGAAAAUGACACAAAUUGGGACUGGUUUGUGAGACACCUCACAAAUAACUUGGUCUUAGGGGAUGACAAAGGCUAUGCUAUAUUAUUUGACAAACAAAAGGUAAGUGUCUGGUUUUUUAAAGCAUCUCAUUGUUUUCAUGGUUUGUUAGUUAUACUUAACUGUCUAAAUCUUGUAAUUGGCAGGGUUUAGUGUAAGCAGUCCACACCAUUCUUCCGGAAGUUGAGCAUAGACAGUGUUGCAGACACAUCUUUGAUAAUUGGAAGAAAGGCAACCAUGACAUGACACUACAAAGACUCUUCUGGCGAAUAUCAAGGAGUUAUACAACAGGAGAUUUUAAAAUGUGGAGUGAUAAGCUGAAAGAGUACAAUCCAGGCGCCUAUGAUACUCUUCAAGUCACCAAACCAAAAACUUGGUCCAGAGCAUAUUUCAAAUUAGAGACGCUGUACAACAAUAAUCUGAAUAACCUAAGCGAGUCCUUCAACAUAACCAUCCGUGAAGCAAGAAGAAAGCCAUUAUUGGAGAUGUUAGAGGACAUAAGGAGACAAUGUAUGGUUAGAAAUGCGAAAAGGACUGUAAUAGCUAAUAGAGCUAAGAUAAAGUUCACAAAGACGACGCAUCUUCGGUUGGCUAUAGUGGAGUCGAAGUCUAAGGAUUGUAUGAGCUUUCCAGCAGUUGGUCCAGUCACAGAGGUUGAUUAUAAUGGUGUGGCUUAUGCUGUUGAUAUGUCUGAGCUAAGUUGUGGGUGUAUCCAAUGGCAAAUGACUGGAAUUCUAUGCAUUCAUGCCGCCUAUGUGAUCCUUAAAAAAAGGUAAAAGACUUUCUACUUUGUUUCUCCUUGUUACACCAUAGCUAUGUGGCGUCAAACCUAUAGCAUGGAGGUAAGUCAUGUCCAAGGGAAGAAAUUAUAGCCUGAUACGGGUAGAUUAGGUGUCAUCCCCCUUCUUCGGAGAAAAAGAAAACCGGGAAGACGAAAAAACCAUGAUAGGUUUAAAAGCAAGGGUGAGAUAGAUUCUAAGAAGAAGGGUGAAUCAGUUUCUUCAAUUGAUAGUACGAAGCUAACUCGUGAUGAUCGAGUUAUAACAUGUUCAAGCAAGAUGGUCAUAACAGGAAGACAUGUAAGAAUGACUUUGUUGAAGCACAAGCCAAGAAACCACGAGGCCGCCCUAGAAAAAAUCAGGUAAGUUGAAAGUGUUUAUGGUUAGUUUCUAGUCUUAUUAGACUCGCUUGAACAUAUUUUCUCUUUGUAAGUACCAUCUUAUGCAUCAGCAUCACAACCAACCGAGGGACAGUUCCAUACAUGCAUCAUCACAACCAACCCAACCACAGUUCCAUGCAUCAUCAUCACAACCAACCCAGCCACAAGUUUCAACAGAGCCACAAGGGUCAGCGAGAUGGGAACAAGCCACACAUGAACCACCAAGCUCAGAAGCGUCGGGAUGGGGACGAUGGUUUCCAUGAUUUGGAUGUUGGAAAUCAUCUAUGUUAUGUUCUCUAUUUCAGUAUGUUAUGUUCUCUGUUUUAGUAUUUUGUGUUUUAGUGCUUUGACACUUAUGCUAUAUUUCAAGGUUUGUAAGACUAAUAGUUAUAUUACUUUUAAAAUUUCAGUUAUUUGACAUUUAUGUUAUGUUUCAAGAUUUGAAAUACUAAUGUUUCAGGUUUGUAAGACUAAUGUUUCAAAGUUUGUAAGACUUAUGGUGCUAUAUGUUAUGUCACAAACGCAAUUUUCAUGAAAUUGUCACUUAACAAACAACAAAAUAGUCAAUAACAAACACCAAAAUAGUCACUUAACAAACACAAAUAACUUAGUUCUUCACCAUAAGCCAAGAACAAACUUAUGUCUACAUGAAAUUAACUAAGACAAUAACAAUGGUGAUCAAGCAUAUGAUCACAAACGCAAACUUCAUCAUAACUUGACAUCUCUUCAUCUCUGUUUUAGUUCUCACAACCUCUUCCAUCAACUCAUAUAUCACGCCCUUUAAAUCCUCAACAUCUGAUUUUCUUUUGUUAAUCUCAGUUUCAAGUUCUGCAAUCUUUGGUAAGGCAUCUUCAACCUCUUCAAGAACAGCUUCCUCAACCCAUUUAAACAAGUGGUGCUAUGCAGAAACCACAAGAUCUUAACAAAUUGAUUCAUGUUCUGUGUUAAUAAAAACACAGUAACUACACAAUAUAAUCAAAGAACAAAAUAACCUACAUUUCUUCUUGUAAGACAUCUGUAGAAAAGUCUCCCCGGAUUCUUGACAGUUUCCGAUGUGAAGAUUGUGAUCGCAGUCCCGCAAGGACAUUUCGCUGGAAAUCCCCGAAUAUCAAGCGUGGCCACAGUUGAACUCUCUGAUGUCGAAUCCGAACUCAUCUUCGUGGAGAGUGAAUUCAGUCGAGUGGGAUUAGAGAAUUUUGGUGGUGGUUCGCGAUUUAGGGUUUGUGUUUCAGAGAAUCCCUAAUUCGACUUGGAAAAGAAGACUUCGGCUUCUGUUUUUUUAAUUGAAAGAAAAUGACGUUGUUUUCAUUAACGAUGAAAAUUAACUGAGAUUAAACGUUCUGUUAGUGGAAUUAACGUCGGACUUAAAUUGAUCCAGUCAAAGAAAAGUUAGAAAUUUUUUAAAAAAUCAAAGAAAAUAUUAUAUGUUAUUGGGUCUUUCUGAAAAUUGGGGAUUAUAAUGGCUCAAUAUAGAAAGUUGAGGAUUUUUUUAACAUUUUUCCCAUUAAUGAAUGGCUCAAUAUAUUUGUCUCAACCAAUCAAAACAUCUUUAGUAUUAGUAUUACUCAAGACUUGAGAGUAGUGUUGCCUAACAAAAGCCAGGUUUGUAGUUUUCUAUUAUAUUUCAGCGGUGGAAUCUAGAAGAUUCACGAGGCGAAAACGGUGUUGGUUACACAAUAAUACUCUGCAUUAUAUGAGAAACUUUUGUUUUACUAAAUUAUUUUAUAUUGUCCAGUUAUAAAAAAGAGUGAUUUAGCUGAAUAUACAUGGAAGAAGUGGAAAUCAGAAACCAUCGAGACCUUCACCGGGCUACAACAGCGGCUUUGUGUGGUGUGAGUGAGCGCAUAUCUGGAUAUUGACUGAAGAAGAAAACUAGUCGGGUCUCAAGAUCUAAACCUUAAAAAUCGGACCCUAUUUUUCCACAACAUCUGAUCCUCGCAAUCACAAUCAUCUCUGUUAUUUCUCACAAUUAUCUCUUUCGUCUUCAAUAUCUAGCCAACUCGGGUUGUUGGCUCAGCAACCCCCGCCAUGGACAUACGUGGUACAUCGGAACAUGGCUACCAUGAUAACAACCAUCAGAGAUCGUAUUUUGAUCUGGUUUACCUCAAAAUCAGGAAUCUCGAAGUUGGAAAAUCUUGUUUCUCAAUAGAAAAGCCAGUUACGUCUCUUACAACUCGUGUCUUAAGUUAUCAAUGAUUUAUUUUUUCUGUGUGUUGUCUUUGUUUAUUUACGGUGAUGAAUCAAAGAGGAAAGAGAUGAUUGUGUGUUGUCCUAAAUGCGAGAAAUAAUAUUGUGCAAUGGCUAUAA